AUGAUGCUCGUGCAGGCCCUUCAUAUCCCCUUUGACCUCUUCUUCCUCCUCAAAUCAGUCAUCUUUGGGAGCCCUCAAUUCGGCCCGCUGCUGAAGCUGCUGCUUCUACUGUGGGGCGUUGUCGGCGUUGCUGUCUCUCUUCCAAUGGUCUUCAUCAUGUCCCUCUUCCUCGGUCCCGUCAUCGCCUUUGGAUGGCCCCUCUCCCUUGGUAUCCGCAUCAUGCUCGAGUCUAUCGGGUUUGCACUGGUCGACGGCGUCAAGUACAAAGCGGAGCAGCUGCGCGCGUAUGAGCGGGAGGGGCCGUACAUGCGCCUCAAACUCCUCCACGCCAUCCUCGCAUUCGUCUUCAUGUUUGUCGGUAUGGCUGUGUGCGGUGUUGGAUUUCUCCUCAAGACCAUUGUCGAUGCGCCCGCGUUUGUGUUCUCGUCUCUCGCCGAAGUCUGGAAGGACACGUGUGUUGGCAUUGCGCCAUCCAAGGAGCGCGGACCACCAGGACCCUUCGACGACCUCCCUUGCUGCGCCCUCAUGAACUGCGUUGGAGCAACAUCCACAGCACAAGUGCCCCAACCAUAA